GACAACAACAGCAUAGUGACAGUUUGGCUACCACUUCUGUCAGCAAGGCCACGGGACUAGAGCUGCUGCUGCUAU